AUGGAAUUUCAAAUUGGCGAUAGGGUGAUCCUUAAGGUAUCUCCGUGGAAGGGAAUUAUCCGGUUCAGAAAACAAGGAAAGUUGAGUCCGCGAUUUAUAGGGCCUUUCAAAAUUUUGGAGCGGGUGGAUAAGGUGGCUUACCGACUAGAAUUACCUGAAGAGUUAAGUGGAAUACAUAACAUGUUCUACGUCUCACAUCUACGGAAGUGUUUAGCGGAUGAUACGGUCUAUGUUCCCCUCAACUAUAUAGAGAUUGAUAACAAACUCAACUAUAUAGCGAGGCCUAUCGCAAUCCUCGACCGUAAAGUUAAGGGUUUGAGGAACAAAGAAAUCCAUCAAGUAAAGGUCAAAUGGGAGCACCGGAAAGGAUCAGACACCACUUGGGAGUCUGAAGAGGAAAUGAGACGACCCUACCCUUCACUUUUCGGCAACGCAAGUGAGGCAUCAGGAAGUCAAGCCGGUGCGGACACUCGCGUGAAAGGAAAGCUUUAA